UUUGAUCGAAUUAAGCCAAAGUAGUUUAUCAUAUGAAACUCGUCUCGCUAAAUAUGCGGAAAGAGGAUUUGAACGCCCGUUUCAUAAGCUCCAAGGACUUUCCAAAUUAAUUGUUCUCGAAAAACUAUCCACUCCUGAUGAACGAGUCCGUUACAUUGAAAAUAGAGGCACACAGGCAAUGAAUAAAUCCUAG